AUGGAGGCCAUCCUGAAGGUUUCGAGCCGGAAUGAGCUUGGACGCUACUUGGGUAUCACAACAGAUUUUAGGGCCUCGAAGAAAAAAGUCUUUAACAAUGUACGGAGGAAGUUGGAUAGCCAGCUACAUGGAUGGGCAGAGCAAUUCUUGUCGCCAGUGGGAAAGGAGGUCCUUAUUAAAGUUGUAGCAAUGGCCUUGCGCUACUUUGCAAUGUCUUGCUUUACGUUGCCGGUGACUCUGUGUAAAGAAACCGAUAGUGCCAUAGCACGGUUUUGGUGGAAAACUCAAAAUGAGAGACAAGGGAUCCACUGGGUCAGUUAG